GAAUUCCAGUGCCGGUCUCAUGUAGCACUCUCAUUCCAAAUUUUCAUAUACAAACGGGCUACUUAGUAAAGUGGUUGUAAGGCGCAGAAGAAUGGCCUUCAAUUGUCCGGAAAUCACUUUCUUGAAAUGUAAAACAGGCAAUUCUACAUAUAAAAGUUUGAGAGUUUAAAUUACUUUUCGAUUAUGUAGGCUACUUUACGACAAUUACGAAACAUGUAUUGAUAUCCCAAAUCGGCUUACUUGCAGCAUUCUUGAUUGUUAUAACUGCUAAUAAGUUUGCUAAAAUAAUUUUUUAUGGCGCAAAGCCGCAAAAUAUUCCGAACGAAAGUCCACAUUCCACAGUUUCCCAUGUCUCGGCGUGUGUUCAUGAGUCCUGAAUCCCGGAGCAGGACGCUGUCAAAAAUCGUUGAAAUAGUCACAAUUGGAUUACCAAGUAAUAUGUGAUGCGAUUGAUUUGAUUUAUUAUCAAAUAAAAAAGAAUGAGAAAUUGAUAAUUUUUCAUAAUGGGAAUUGAAUCAUGAAGGGAAACGUUUGGCAACGUCGCCAUGUGUUGUUCCAUCCUCGCUCAUUUUUAGUUCAAAACGUAAACAGUUACGUUGCUCAGCUGUGUGGGUUGAAACAUAUAUGGCUCUUUAGUUAAUGGAAUUGCUGAACAUCACGUAGUUGAAUCGAGCUUAUUGUAUGCUACCACUGUGUUAUCUGGCCUUUGAAUAUAAACAGAUAGUUAUCCUUCAACAUGCAGGUUCCUCCACCAGGAUUCAACUAUCAGCAAUCUACUCAGCAAAAUCUUGUUCUUCAUCAGCAGCAAACAGAAACAUCCACUCGUCAUGUUUCUCAACAAGGGUUGCAUCAAACCAAUAAUGGACUAUCCUCAAUUUACAGUAGUUGGUCCAAUCAAUCUGCUGUCUCGUAUGCUGCUGCUUCCACCUGUCCACCUGCUUGCGUGCCUGACCAUGUGAUGACCAAUGCACGUCACAUUUUGGGAAUGGAGACCACUAUUGACUACUUGAAAGAAUUGUUGUCCAAAGAAUUUGAUAUGAAUGUCAAAGAGAGAACAGCAAUGAAGAUUUUGAAAAAAGAUGUAGAAAAUGCAAGACAUAUCAACAAGUGUCUUAUUGAACAACUGCAAAAGGCACAGGCUGAAAAAACAGAAGUCAACUCUGCAUUGCAAUAUGCUUUAGCUGUACAAAAUGAAUUGUCUGUUAAUCAAAAGGAGCUUGUGGAUGCCAAAAGUGAGCUGGUUACGGCCCAAAAUAGCAUCAGUGAUCUUAAGGCAGCCAAUUCAUAUUUGGAAUCCAAACUGGCAGAAUUGCAACUUCAAGAUGAAGAAAAAGGACCGGAUACGUCAUCAGAAACUAUGAAAACAGCGUCAAUCCCACGUGAAUGUUCUGAAAAAUCUUUGCUGGAAGAGAAACAAACAGAUUAUGAAACUUUGAAGUCACAGUAUGAUCUUCUUAAAGUUGAGUUAGACAGCACCGUUCAAAUGAAAAAUAUUGUAACGUGCAUGUUUAAAGAAUUGAGCAAAAAACAUCUCUACAUGAUAGAAUAUUCCGGAGAGCAGAUGUAUAUCGACUAUGAAGAGAAACACGCGGAAUUCAAGGGGCAAUUAAAUUCGUUAAAGGAAGAUUCGACAUACGAAAAGCAAUGCUCCUUGAUCGAACAAACCCUUGGUUGCUUAGAGCAACAACUAAAACUACUUGAAGACUUUCGGGAAGACUUUCGCAUACGCAUUGAGUUACUGAUGUGCCGCAUCGACCAAGAAUUUGCUCUAGUAUCGGAUCUGAGUAUAGGGGCCAGAAAGCCUUCAUUUGAAAUUCCCGUUGACGACUUCGAUCAACUGCUUCAGAUGAUAGCAAAAAUUGGAGGUCUUGAACUUGAUGAGAAACUGAAUCCUAAAAAAAUUGACCCUCAUUCUGAAUGAUUACUGAAAAUGUACCUCAUUAACCUUACUUUAAAAUCUCGAACUGUUUUCUUCCAUUUCUUUUUUUAUUUCUUUUUUUUUUGUAAACUGCUGAUUCUUGUGGUUCACGCAUUUGCACACUUACAUACUGUAUUAAUGUAUAAGCGAUAAUAACCAGCUAAAAUUCUAAAACGUCAUCUUUUUUUCGAAUUGUAACAUCGUUUUCGUAUAAUUUUAUUAUUAUAAGUUAUAACCCGGAUUGAAAGCCGUAUACAUGCAAGGAGUUUUGUUUGUCUAGAGAACAAUAAAUCUGCUGGACACUACUACGUCUAGUUUGGGUCUCCUUAA